AGUCCAAUACACUGGCGUGAGUGACAGUGCUGAAAGGUGUACGUUUCAUUGGAGAUUUAUUAGAAAAUGGUUAAAACCCGAUUACUGCAAUUUGACAAACAAGUUCUUAAAACAAAUAGAUAAACAGAUAUACAUCCAAUUUAUGUAAGUGCCUUUUGAAAUAAAUUUAGUGUUCAGUGCACAACUUAAUUAAAAUUAAGUGGCGUUUCCGGUGCUGUAUGUAGCGGAUGUUUGAGGACAUUGGAUUUAGCUGCCAGUCGACUUCAAUAACAAAAGACGAGUAUGAUGAAGGGACUAAGAUAUGGUUCUUUAGUGUUUUGCAGUUUCCUCGCCCUUCUCUGGCUGUACGCAUUCCUUUCCAACACAUCUCUAUCUCCCCAAAACACUUCAGAUCUUCCAGAACAAAAUACAAACUUAGCCGUCAAUCCAAACGACUCUAUUGAGAAAUACCUUGACGCAAUUUUGGAAUAAUAAUAGUUAAAGCUGUAGCAUUGAAGAAUGAAAACAAAAAGAUAUUUCCGAACAAGAAUUAUUGCUCUUUUCGGCGUAGGAUUGACCGUGAUAAUUAUAAUGUGGAAGAACGUCUCUAAUUCAAAAAAUCAGUUCGAUGUAUUUCAAAAAAGGGAAACAAAUCUUACAGUGGUUGGUCAAACGUUUGGAAUUCAAAGAUUUGAGGACAUUGCCUGUGUGAGAUUCCAAGGACGCCUGGGGAACUUAAUGAUGGAGUACGUGUUCCUCUAUGUCGUAGCAAAAAUGAAACAUUUGUAUCCCGUAGUUCCAGAAAAUUCAGAACUGUUCCAAAUAUUUGAUAUUGAAAAAACAACGCUAACCGCCAUCGGAAAAUCGGCAGAUUCGUGUGCCAAGUUACCCGUAUAUAAAGAGAGGUGGGGACUUUCUUAUGAUGAAAAGUUACAUGCUGUUCCACCCUAUAAGAGCGUGAAAUUCGAUGGGUACUUUCAAUCGUGGAAAUAUUGGAUUAAGUACGAAAAUGAAAUUCGAAAUCUUUUACGGUUUAAAAACCCAAUUAAACAAAAGGCCUUCACCCAAAUGAGGGAUAUUAUAGAUAAAAUGAAGUUUGAAAUCAACAAGGAGAGUGUUAUUGUUAGUAUACACAUCAGACGGGGAGAUUACGUAACCGAGGAACAUUAUAAGUACGGAAAGCUGACACCCAAUGAAACUUAUUACGCAAACGCCAUGCAAUAUUUUAAAACAAGGCACAAAAACAUAUUAUUUGUGGUUGGAUCUAACGAUAUAGACUGGUCCAAAAAAGCCUUGGCCAAGGAGAAGAAUGUAUAUUACUCGACAGGAAAUUCACCGGCUGAGGACAUAGCUUUGCUUUCUUUAGCUAAUCAUACAAUAAUGUCCGUCGGUACAUUUGGUUGGUGGAUCGGAUGGAUGGCGCAGGGAACUAGUAUAUACUAUAAGAACAUUUUCAGACCUCAAUCCGAUUUUGCUAAAGAAUUCCGGAAUAAUUCUAUUGAUGAUUUUAUCUAUCCCGGAUGGAUUCCAAUGGAAUAAAAGUUUGAAUUGCUUUACGAAUAUUGCGUAAAUUAUCAAAGCAUUUUAGCGGGUUCUGUCGGAGACUUGAUUCCUGUUUGUUGUUGUUAUCCAAGUGAAGUUAUAUACAAAGUAGACAUCUGGACUUUGUAGCAAAUAAAAUUAUUUUCAAAUUUU